AACUAAUCCCUUGAAGGACUUGCUGAUCAAUUUCAACCUUUUCACGUGAACUAAAAUUUAUUAAAACAUUUUGUGAAUGAUUACAAAUGUCAAUAAUGAAAAAGUAAUAAUGAAAGUCAGACUUUUCUUUCUUUUGUCAGUUCCACUACACACUUGUCCAAACUAUGCAUGGGAAAUAAACGUCCUGAGAGACAUUAAACAGUU